AUGGCAAUUCAUGUUUUUUUUUCCUCUAGCCGUGACGACGACUCACUCAUCGAUGAUGGAACACAACCCCAGGACCCACCAAUGUUCCACGUAGCCUUGGACAACCAACGUGAAAAUCAGCCAUCCACAAGCCGAAAUGUUGCACCGGUCAUUAUCGUACCGUAUUUCCCACUUGGACUGGCAGUAUCACCAGAAGAGAGAAUGCAGUUUAACUUCAAUUUGUUUCUGUAUGACAGCUUGCGUUUGCCCAAUGGGCUUUUUCCUGAUGAUGGAGCUGGAGAAGUGGUGUUUGAAGACCUGCAGACAUGCAGGGAGUAUUGUUCACGCUAUGUACAGAAAAGAGAGGAAUGGUGCGGAAGAGAGCAGGUAGAGUCAGACCACUCGCAAGAAAGAAGAAAUGAACUGUCCAAGGAGGAGAUGUUUCUAACCGCAGGAGAACCCUUGGAUGUAACCCUGAAAUAUGGCAACGAAGCAUUCGACCGCAACUUGAACUUAAUACGCCUUGACCUCUUUGGAAAUGUCAUGAUCUUGAAUGCUCCCCACUGGAGCGAUGUCGCUGCACAGUUCACACAUGGUUUCCCUCGUCGUCUUAUCAUUAACAGCCAUCGUGGAAUCUUGCCUGGCAACAUCACUGUGGCAGCACGCAUUUCAAACCAAGCAAUUCGAAGUUUGUCCCCAGGUAACUGAGAAAAAUGAUAGUAAUGAAUAUUAACCCUUUAAGUGCCAAUAGUGACCAACAUCAAUUUUCUCCUAACGAUAUCCAUAGAUUGUCAAGUGCAGUCUAAGAGAAUUAAUAAAAUGAUCACAAAGAAAAAUCUUUGAUCUUUCAUCAAAUUCUCUCAACUAAUAUCUUAAGGAAAUGUAUGGAGAUCAGUCUGGAGAAUUUGUAUGUAGAUAUUGGGGCUUAAAGGGUUGAUAAUACAGCACUAUGAUGAAAACAUGUUUUAACAAUUUUUUCUUCAAAAAACUCCUGGAUGUAGCAUGGGUAUAGUAUUUCAUUGUAUUGCAUGUCUUCAGCAAUCGCCCUUCACGAGAACAAAAUAAUCACUUUGUACAAAAGGUAAUCAGAUGCACUGCAUCGAAAACACAAGAUGUAAUAACUGAGGUGAAUUACUGAGGAAUCCCAGGUUUGAUUUUUCUUUGGUGCUAGCAGAGUUGUCAUUAUUACCUUUGACAUUGACUCUCUUGCAGGUGACAUAGCUGCUUUCACCUCCAAAAAAAUGAUGCAAGGUUUGGGAUUGACCACAACAGAGCUGAUGCUUGCGCGGGCUAUGGCAAUCAGAUAUGCAGGAAAAACAGACAAACCUGUACGUCUAAUUGACAUGAUGGCACGCUUUGGAGUUGACUUCCUCACCAUAACGCCACUGGUAUCAGAACAAGUACAAGGGCUCCGACAGGCAAGUUCUUCACACUGGAGGCGUAUGCUAGCUUCUGCUUCAGACGACAACCACAGCAGUUCAGAUGAAUCGGAGCUUUCUGUUAGCUGGGAUGCUGCAGACGAAAGAGAGCCACUUCCAUCACAAGGAACACCAGAAUACAGUUCAUCCGUGACCAGACAUGUAGAAAAUCUGCUGCAGUGCUAUGUGUCUGUGUCCACGUCUACGCAGACAACAACUCAGGUAGGGUCUCUCAUGUGAUUAAGAGUAAGUCAGUCCAUAUCCGAUCCCUGGUAAAUAGAAGGGUUAGAUAUAGAUGGUUUUCAUAGUGACGUCAUCAAAUUGUAAGGUCAAAAUAGCAAGGUUUCACGAGUUUCUCAUUUACACUAGGUUGAAGACAAACAAAAAGUAAAUCGUUGUACAAGUUUCCAUUCCUGUAGCAUGUUUCAUUUCGAAAGUACAGCAAUUUGAACUUCCGAGUUUUCACAGUCCGUGACACCAAAAUAGGAAUGCUGUCUCGUUGGAAAAAGUCUCUCCUCUUGAUUUUCAGCUGUAUAACCAUUUCAAGUAUUAGGUGCGCGAAACGUUUCGGCAAAUAACUCAGAAACUUUGGGCCACAAAGACCUGAGACUUGGAUAAAUUGUUUAAAAAUUAGUCUUUUAAAACAUUUCAUUUUCUUGGCUUCUUCCACUGGACGGUUUCCAAUUUAUUUUUUUGUUGCGUGACAGUGAAGACGAUCUAUAUCUUGUUAGUUCUCUAAAACAAAGGUCUUGGAUGAUGAAAAUGAUCGUAAAAUUAGUGUAUUAUGGUUAUAACAGGCACUGCAAGUUACAGCGGAAGCAACACGAAGACCCAGUGGCAGUUCUGGGAUGGUACGAAAAAGAAAGCAGAAAACUCCCAGACGUGUUGUACCCAGGACUACAGCAUCCCAGGUCCCCGAGGGAGCACCAGCUGCCGACAACCAAAGACAGAGGGAUGAAGAACCACGGCCGCAAGCAGUACCCAGCCCACGCGAGCGUCUGCUAGCACUACCAGGAAUCGUAGCAACACGUAUCCCCAACACUGAGUCAUUGAACAGGCUUCAAAAGUUCCUGCAGGAGAACCAACCUUGCAACCCACAGCAGGUGAACUAAAAUUAAAAAACAUUAAAAAACUGCACAUUGGUUUGACAAAAUGAUUUGAUAGGUGCUAACUUCAAAAAUAUUAGAUUGGCAUUUGCUGAUGGUUUGCAUAAUUUUUAAUUUGCAUCCUAUUUCCUGUGAAAACAAAUCAUCUUGAGAUGUAUUUAUAACAGGUCAAAGUUAAAUUUGGGUCAAAAUGUUUCUACCUAGGCUGAUUUUCAAUUUUCCUUUGUUCAUAGCCCUAAUUCAUGAAUAAUUUGGGCCGGGAGACAAAGGAAAUUGAGAGUCAAUCUGACCUGUUAAAGAGACAAGGAAAAUUGAGAAUGAACCUAGGUAAAAAAAUUUUCACCUGAUUUUUAUUUUUUUAAAUUUUCACUGCUUGCACUUGUAAAGCACUUUUUAUUAUUUUUCAUUUACUUCAUUGAUACAAAGCACCCAGUGAAAAUAGUAGGAUUGGAGACUUCUUAGUCCUUUAAAGUCGUGUAAAUGCAUUGACAGUACUUUCUGAAGAAUGAACUUGAAAUUCCCCAUUUUGAAGAGCGUUAAUUGUGUACUUCAACAGUUUAAAAUUCAUCAAAAUUAAUUCAAUCCAACUCACCUGUUACUCUUUUUUUUUCCCUAGGUAGAACAGGCGAGAUCUUCAGAAACACAGACUUUAGAAGAGGCUAGACAAACUGUAGCUCUUCGAGUAUACACAGAUGAACGUGAAGAAAUAGUGCAGCAGCGAGUGUGCGAUGUUUGGACAGCUUCUCGGUUGGACUGCACCUGCCUCGGAGAACCAGUGGCCAGAGAUUCACAGGAUGAAGGAGACCAGAAUUGCCCAUACUGUCUAUGCCAGGAAGCAGGGGGAAAUAUCGCCAGUGUGAGAGGC